AUGAAGCCCUGCAGACUAGCCCUCGUCCAGUUGGCUGUCACCGCAGACAAGGAUGCGAAUCUCGCCAACGCCCGCACGCAUGUCCUCGAGGCUGCAUCCAAUGGCGCCAACCUGAUUGUCCUUCCGGAAUGCUUCAACUCGCCAUAUGGUACAAAGUUCUUUCCAGAGUACGCCGAAAGCGCGAAGGACGGUCCUUCAGUCAAGGCACUCUCUGCCAUGGCCAAGGAAGCCAAGGCCUACCUGAUCGGAGGUUCGAUCCCAGAACACGAUCCUACGGACGACAACAUCUACAACACCUGCACGGUCUAUAAUCCUGAGGGAGAGAAGAUUGCGACACACCGAAAGGUGCAUUUGUUCGAUAUUGAUGUCCCGGGCAAGAUCCGCUUCCAGGAGAGCGAGACGCUGACGGCGGGCAAUCAUUUGACUCAUGUUGAUACAGAUUUCGGCAAGAUCGGUGUUGGUAUCUGCUACGAUAUCCGUUUCCCAGAACCGGCCAUGAUUGCCGCUCGUCAAGGAUGCUUCGCGAUGAUCUACCCGGGCGCGUUCAACAUGACUACAGGACCGUUGCACUGGGAACUGCUCCAGCGCGCUCGGGCUGUUGAUAACCAGAUCUUCGUGGCCGCUUGUUCACCAGCUCGCGACUUGGACGCGUCCUAUCACGCUUGGGGUCAUUCGACGAUCGUGGGCCCUGCUGGCGAUGUGCUUCAGACCAUGGAGGAGAAACAGGGUAUCAUCUAUGCUGAUCUCGACCAGACAAUGAUGACAGAGUUCCGCCAGAGCAUUCCUCUUACGACCCAGCGCCGUUUUGAUUUGUACGCGGAUGUGUCGAAAGUGAAGCCUUAG